AUGAUUUUGCUACUACGGUAUCCAAUGAACUUCAUAGCAACUGUAUUUUCUCGACUCAUUGUUUAUGGCUUUAUAUUUUUGUGUUAAUUUUCAAUGCCUAAAUGAAUUGUUCGCUUUAAAAAUUUUACUGAUAUCGUAUUGAAAGAGUUGAUACAGAAAAAUCGUUAAAAUGUGCUCGAAAGAUCAACACAGUGAAAUGAAAGAUAAGUUUAAACCGCCCAAAUUGAAACAACCAACAACUACUCGCGCUCGCUGCUACGAACAGUUUCUUUGGCAGGAACUCUACGAUGAAUACAUUCGUUACAACGAUCGUUUAGUUAAUGUUAAACCCGAGAAAGCAAACACAGAGUAUUUUGAUGAGUUCUGUAAAAAAAUGCCCAAGGAAGACAUAGCUGAAAAGGAGAGCUUGAUAAAUAUUUAUCCAUUGUACAGCACCAAUGCUAUAACUUUGUGGAACAAUAACGGUGACGUAUCUAAAGAUUUUAAAAAACGCUACUCUAUAACACGUCCAGUACAGGAACAAACCGAGCAAUUUGGAUAAAUUUCAAAUUUAGCAUGUUGGCAUGUGCAUAUGUUUAUGUGAGGAGAUUUUUUGUACUUAAAAUAAAUUCAAACAGAAAUU